AUGGCCGACAACUCUUUACCAGAAAGCUGGCGUUUUAUCAAACAAGUCGUCGAAGGACGAUGGUUUGCGGUAUUCGCCUCCUUUCUAAUCAUGAUCGGAGCUGGUUCAACCUACAUUUUCGGAACAUACUCAAAAGCGAUAAAGUCGCAAUUCGAUUACAAUCAAACACAAAUCAACACAUUAGGAUUUGCCAAAGAUCUCGGCUCAAACUUCGGAGUUUUCGCUGGCCUUCUCGGCGAAGUUGCUCCACCGUGGGUUCUAUUCCUCGUCGGCUCAGCUCUCAACUUCUGGAGCUACUUUAUGAUUUGGCUCUCCAUCACCGGCCGUAUCGCCAAGCCCCCGUUUUGGGAAAUGUUCCUUUUCAUCUGCGUAGCUGCGAAUUCACAAAAUUUCGCCAACACCGCCAUUUUGGUCACGAGCGUUCGAAACUUCCCGGACCGACGAGGCAUCAUUCUCGGGCUUCUCAAGGGUUUCGUUGGGUUCGGAGGUGCUAUUUUGACUCAAUUCUAUUUAGCUCUUUACGGCCAUGAUAACCCAACCAAUUUGGUGCUUCUUCUCUCUUGGCUACCAACCGUUGUGUCUAUGUUGUUUUUUCUCUCAAUUCGACCAAUCAAAGUCCGUAAACAUCCAGAUGAGCUUAGAGUUCUUUACCAUUUGCUUUAUGUGUCCAUAAUUUUGGCGCUGUUUCUUUUAUUCUUAACCAUAACCCAAAAACAAACAGUGUUUACUCAAGAAGCUUACAUGAGCGGCGCCACCGUCAUCAUCGGCUUAUUGCUUAUCCCUCUUUUGAUAGCCAUUAGAGAAGAGUUCAUGCUCUUCAAACUCAACAAACAAACCCUAAAUAACAAUCCUACCGUCCCCAUUUUAAUGCCGGAGCACGAGCCUUCCCCCAAAGCCCCGCCCACAAUACAGCAAAUUCCCGAAGCUUCAACCUCGUGUUUCUCAAUGGCAUUCAAAAAGCCACAAAGAGGUGAAGAUUUCACCAUUUUACAAGCUUUAUUCAGCAAAGACAUGGCGCUUGUUUUCAUAGCCACACUUACUGCCUGUGGCGCAUCAAUUGCAGCAAUUGAUAACUUAGGUCAAGUUGGUGAAUCACUUGGCUAUCCAUCUCAAUCAAUAAGCAUAUUCGUUUCAUGGGUUUCGAUAUUCAAUUUCUUCGGUCGGGUCUUCUCCGGUUUCAUCUCGGAAGCGCUUAUGACCAAAUACAAAUUACCCCGUCCUCUCAUGUUCGCUUUUUCCCAUCUUUUAACUUGCAUUGGCAUUCUCUUUAUUGCCUUCCCAUAUAAGGGUUCCGUUUACGCAGCGUCCUUGAUCAUUGGGUUCGGAUUUGGAGCGCAAGUUCCAAUGGUGUUCGCCAUAAUCUCGGAACUCUUCGGCCUCAAAUAUUACUCGACAAUCUUCAAUUGUGGGCAAUUGGCUGUCCCAAUUGGAUCUUACAUACUGAACGUUGAUGUAAUUGGGAAGUUGUAUGACAUUGAAGCAGCAAAGCUUGGUGGGGUUAAGAAUGGGAAGGGGCUAACUUGCACGGGCACUCCUUGCUUUAGUGGGUCUUUCUUGAUUUUGGCUGUGGUGGUAUUGUUCGGAGCAGUGGUUUCGCUUGUGUUGGCUUAUAGGACUCAAGACUUUUACAAAGGCGACGUUUAUAACAAGUAUAGAGAGGACAUGUGGAUUCCUCAAUCGGAUAUGGAAUUCUAUUGUAUAGAUGACAGGAAGAAAGAUGGUAACAAUUUACCACGGAUGGAUAUGCCGCCCAAAUAUAAUUUUCUCAAGCUUUAA